CUUAAAUUGAUGGCACUAUAUAGGCAUCCUUUAAAAUUACGGACAAUCUCAGGGCACCCUCUAAAAUUACGGACAAUCUCAAGGCACCCUCUAAAAUUACGGACAAUCUCAAGGCAUCUCAAGGCUUUAAAAUUACGGACAAUCUCAAGGCACCCUCUAAAAUUACGGACAAUCUCAAGGCAUCCUUUAAAAUUACGGACAAUCUCAAGGCACCCUCUAAAAUUACGGACAAUCUCAAGGCACUCUCUAAAAUUACGGACAAUCUCAAGGCAUCCUUUAAAAUUACGGACAAUCUCAAGGCACCCUCUAAAAUUACGGACAAUCUCAAGGCACCCUCUAAAAUUACGGACAAUCUCAAGGCAUCCUUUAAAAUUACGGACAAUCUCCAGGCACCCUCUAAAAUUAUGGAGAGUCUCAAGGCACCCUCUAAAAUUACGGAAAAUCUCAAGGCACCCUCUAAAAUUACGGACAAUCUAAAGGCACCCUCUAAAAUUACGGACAAUCUCAAGGCACCCUCUAAAAUUAUGGAGAGUCUCAAGGCACCCUCUAAAAUUACGGACAAUCUCAAGGCACCCUCUAAAAUUAUGGAGAGUCUCAAGGCACCCUCUAAAAUUACGGACAAU